UUCAGCGCGGUCACCAAGGCGAAAUGACAUCAUUAAGAGACUGGCGGUUUAUUUUUUUAUCUUUCACACGCGGUAGAAGUUUAGAGCUGUAAUUCUCUUUCACACUUUUAAAUCGUAUUUAACUAAUAAUUCAUCCCAUGCAGUUAUUUGCUGGUCAGCUGAUUCAUCUGUUUGUCGUAUUUCCGGUUGAAACAAUGCUCGCGAGGAGACUAACGGAUACAAACACAACACUGAGAUGUCAGGUCACGUCAUAGACUAAAGAAGUCAUUAUGUACAGUAACCGUGGCGUAUCCGAGACGUCCUCGACGAGCGGCAGCAGCAGUAUAACAGGUCUCCUGUCUGCGCUGUGUGACCGCAGCCUAUCCGGAGUGUCAUGGACGCGCUCUUUUGGAAGCGUGUCCCGCGUGGCGCUCCAGCGCGCCCUCCGGAGACGCGCCUAUGCCACGCUGCUUUCCAAACUUUUCCAGGACGCCGCAUCCAAACCCUCGUCUUCGCCAGCUUUAGCCAACACGCCCUCUUACAACAAAAUGCUCAUGAUCUCCUUCGACCUGCGCGUCGCGGGCCGCAUCGAGGACGCGGAGAGGCUCGAAGGUCUGUUGGGACGACUGCGGGACGCGGGCCAAUCCUGCGGUCUGACGGAGCUGGACUCCGUGUUGGAGCUCUUGGCACAGCUGGCAGGUUCUGAACCUCCCGCCGUCCCCUCCUUCAGCAGGGACUGCAUGCGGCGCGAGCGGCCCGUGCUGCGCAGAACGCCGCUCCCGGGUUACCUCAGCAAUGAGCUACAGAGGCUGGAGAGCAGGACCUGGGCUCUAGUGUGUGAGGAGGAAUGGGGAGCAUUUGGGGGUGUUUAUAGGACCCUCAGCAUCUUGGACGCUCCACCAGGGACCGGAUUGUUUGGUUUGGAGAGGAGACCAGAAGGAGAGGAGAGGUUCGAGAGAGACACCAGGCUGUCCCUGUUUGGAGCACUGCAGCACUCGCGGACUGAAGAUUUGGACGUUCGCCUGGACUUGCCUCCGAUGCCUGGGAACGCCGAGGUCACGGGACUCAGUAUUCGGGUUCCUCAGUGUUUGGAUCAGUCUGAGGAUGAAGGAUUCCAGUCUGCCUCGAAUCUGACUCCCGACUCGCAGUCUGAGCAGAGCCCCAGCCCCGAGCCUGACGUGUGGGAGGCCUUGCGCACGUUCGUACCUGCGAGACGUCGCUGCUGGGAGAAUGUUGGCUGUCCUCCAGGUCAGAAAGAGCCUCCGUAUCUGACAGAAGCAGGCAGAGAGGCAUUUGAUCAGCUCUAUCGGCUUUGGGAGGGCGAGAUGAGGAACAUGCUCUCGUCUCAUACCCCCUCUCCUCUUCUGCCGCUUCCCCUGGACUGCCAGGCUCAGCUAGUUAAAGAUCUCCUCAAUGUGCUCAUAGGGGUGGCUUCUGUUACUUUCCCCCUCAAUGAGUCGAGUGUUCAGUUUGACGUGCGGGCGGACGUGUGUGUGUCAGGAACGUCUCCCGAGAGCGUGUCGCGCCUGUUGGAGGAGCUGUCGCAGUACGGCACGCAUUACCUUCGCCUGAGCCGCUUCUCUCUGGGCUCGGCUGAUAAGAAAGGCCUGGUGUUUCAGGCGUUUACGGGUGGCCUGAGGCGCUAUCUACACUACUACAGAGCGUGUGUACUGAGCACGCCCGCCACCAUCAGCCUCCUUACCAUCGGCUUCCAUUUCCGCAAGCUCGGCCGACAGCUGAGGUACCUUGGCGAGCUGUGCUGUGUGGACGGUGCUGCCAGUACACGUCAGGCUACAUUCCCUGUAGGCGUAAAGCUUCUCUCCUACCUGUAUAAUGAAGCGCGGAGCAACUGCAGUAAUGAGAACUACCCAGUGCUUCUUUCUCUACUGAAGAGCAGCUGUGAGCCUUACACAAGGUUUGUCUCAGACUGGGUGUACAGCGGCGUCUUCAGAGAUGUCUAUAAAGAGUUCUUGAUCCAGGUGAACGAGGACUACCUCAGCUACCGAGAUAAGCAUUUCUGGGUGCAGGGCUACACUCUGAUCUCGCAGGAUGCGGAGGAGUGCGUUCCCGUGUUCCUCCGUCACAUAGCCAACGAUGUUUACGUCUGCGGAAAAACCAUCAACCUACUGAAAAUCUGUUGCCCGCAGCACUAUAUCUGGUCGGAGGUUCCCGUGCCACGCAUCGCCGUGACCUUCUCUCUGAGGGAGGUGGAGGAGAUUGAGAGAGAUUGUGCCGUGUAUCGCGGCCGCAUGGAGACCAUCGCCAAGCAAAGCGCCAUCAGCAGAGAGGAGCAGGCGUUGCGUACCGAGCUGGCACGCCAAGAGCUCAUCAAUCAGGUCAGAGAGUCCACAGCCAAGACGCUGGAGAGCAUCCGAGGUCGCCAGGUGUCACAACGUCUGGCUGAAGGGGCCAAAAAGAGAGAACGCUUUGAAGAGAGAAGGCAGGAGCUACAGCUCGACCAGGAGUGGCGCAAUGCUGUUAGAAAGAAGGAGCAGGAAGAUGACUACAGUUUUGCCCGAGAGCUUAGAGACCGAGAACAGAGGCUGCAGGCCCUUGAGGAGCAGCUGGAGCGCAGGGCACGCAUGGAUCUGAUCGCUCAGUACAGUCGCCUGACUGAGGAAGCUGCUAAGAAAGAAUUGAGGGCAAUGUGGAAGGUACAGAGGAUGAGACUACAUGAAGCCCGAGUGAACUUUUUGCAGCAGGACCGACAAACCAUACAGGCUUUGCUUGCGAGAUAUCCAUUAGGACAAGAACGCCCCUGUCAGGUUUCAGAUGUUAUAAAGAAACCACCUCAGGAUCAGCAGGAAUCCCAUGCUCCUGAGAUCCAAAUGGAAAUUCUAAAAAUAGAUCAGGAACUUGAUGCUGCUUCUGAUUCGAAUCUGCCUCCUCCUUUCCCUCCUGCACUUCUCUCCCCCUCCACCAGAAAGUUUAAUUCUCUGAUCUCAGAUCAGAUUGAUGUCACAGACUUCCUCCCGAAACCUCCACGUCCUGCGGACAGUAGAGCAGUAACCCAGGCUCUACAGGACGUCGGCUGUGACCUUUCGGAAUACUCCAGAAACACUGAUUCCGACUAUGACUUCUGCUCCCUCUAUUGCCCUCUGGAAUGCCUAAGGGGGCACUCAAGCUCUGCUCAUUUAUCCCUCCCCCACCAAGUCGCAGAGCCUGGGGCAAGUCCACAUGGCCAUCCUUCACAGAAUUCACUUCAUCUGGAGGUUAGAACUGCCUUGGGGCAUGUGCCCCACACUAGUCCAAGUGAAUCCGGGCCAGCAGAAGAGACACAAAAACAAACUCUGGCCCCAAAUGUAAAUCAGAAGUCAAAUAAACCGUCGUUAUAUGGAGAGGAGAAGGAACUUCCGGCAUGUGGUGUGGAGUUGGAGCCAAAAUCUUCAACAGAUAACAUAGCAGAGAAGGCCAAAGCUUUUGAGCAGCUUGUUCAGCCCCUUCAGACAUCAGCUGAGCAAAUUCCAAUAGAUCUGGCGCUGAUCACUGGCAGUAGCCAAGACUCUAAUGUCCAAAACAAAUCAAAGAAUAUGAUCUCAGGGGUAUCUAGUGUUUCAACCUCCAAUACUGCCCAGGGCCAUUCCUUCACUGCUGACAUAAGGACUAGUGGGCUUUCUUCUGAUGACACCAUGGUUCUUCCCUCACCCAGUAUCCAAGGCCAUGUUUCCGAUGCUCAUAUUAAGAUUGGAGACCAUGUUUCUGAGGUAGCUGUAGCUGUUCCCUCCCAGAAUAUCCAUGGCCAUGCUUCUGAUGCUCAUAUUAAAGUUGGAGAUAAUGUUUCUGAGGUCACUGUGGCUUUCCCCUCACGAAAUGUCCAUGGCCAUGCUUCUGAUGCUCAUAUUAAUUUUGGAGACCAUGUUUCUGAGGUAACUAUAGCUGUUCCAUCCAAGAAUAUCCAUGGCCAUGCUUCUGAUGCUCAUAUUAAAGUUGGAGAUAAUGUUUCUGAGGUUCCUGUGGCUGUCCCCUUACCUAAUGUCCAUGGCCAUGCUUCUGAUGCUCAUAUUAAGUUUGGAGACCAUGUUUCUGAGGUAGCUGUAGCUGUUCCCUCCCAGAAUAUCCAUGGUCAUGUUUCCGAUGCUCACAUUAAGGUUGGCUACCAUGUUUCUGGGGUUACCAUGGCUGUUCCAACCCCGAAUAUACACGGCCAUGCUUCUGAUGCUCAUAUUAUGAUUGGGAAGAUGGUUUCUGAGGUUCCUGUGGCUGUCACCUCACGAAAUGUCCAUGGCCAUGCUUCUGAUGCUCAUAUUAAGUUUGGAGACCAUGUUUCUGAGGUAACUGUAGCUGUUCCCUCCCAGAAUAUCUAUGGCCAUGUUUCUGAUGCUCAUUUGAAUGUUUCGGAGGUAACUGUAGCUGUUCCCUCCCAGAAUAUCCAUGGUCAUGCUUCUGAUGCUCAUAUUAAGUUUGUAGACCAUGUUUCUGAUGUAGCUGUAGCCGUUCCCUCCCAGAAUAUCCAUGGUCAUGUUUCCGAUGCUCACAUUAAGGUUGGCUACCAUGUUUCUGGGGUUACCAUGGCUGUUCCAACCCCGAAUAUACACGGCCACGCUUCUGAUGCUCAUAUUAUGAUUGGGAAGAUGGUGUCUGAGGCUCCUGUGGCUGUCACCUCACGAAAUGUCCAUGGCCAUGCUUCUGAUGCUCAUAUUAAAGUUGGAGAUAAUUUUUCUGAGGUAACUGUAGCUGUUCCCUCCCAGAAUAUCCAUGGCCAUGCUUCUGAUGCUCAUAUUAAAGUUGGAGAUAAUGUUUCUGAGGUUUCUGUGGCUGUCCCCUCACGAAAUGUCCAUGGCCAUGCUUCUGAUGCUCAUAUUGAAGUUGGAGACUACGUUUCUGAGGUGGUUACACCUGUUGCCUCUCGCAAUGUCCAUGGCCAUGUCUCUGAUGACCACAUAAAAAUAGGAGAACUGGUUUCCGAGGUUCUUUCUCCUUUCCCUUCGCAAAAUAUCCACGGCCAUGCCUCUGACGCUCAUAUAAAGAUUGGCGAGCUAGUUUCUGAGGUACCUACGUCCACCCCUUUGCCUAAUAUCCACGGUCAUUCCUCUGACGCUAACAUAAAGGUGGGCGAGUUCGUCUCAGAUGUCGCCCCGUCUCGCCCUCGUUGGAGCAAACAUGGCCACUCUUCAGACAGCACUCUUAAAGUAGGCUGUCUGAUCCCAGAAGCUAAACCAGCACAUUCACCACUUCCAGGAAGUGCUUACGGUCAUUCCUCAGACUCCACACUGAAGGGCGGGUGUGUCGUUUCUGGUACAGACACGUUGCCUUCGCCGCUGCCUGGCAGUGCUUACGGGCACUCCUCAGACUCGACACUAGGGGUGGGGUGUGUGGUGAUGGGGGCACAGGUACCUAACUGGCCCCCUCUCCUGGGUAGUGCCUAUGGACAUUCCUCUGACGCCAGUCUGGGCAUAGGCUGUGUGGUGCAGGGGAUCAGACCUGGAAGCUCUUACAGUGAAGACCCUAGUGAAGGAUCCAAACUGCCUACAGACGUCAUUCAAGAUAGCCAAGAGGCCCAUGCUGCUUCUCAUAAUCAUCUGCUCACUCUGAGUGAGGGCCUCAGUGCCUGGGCCCAGGGGCUCGGACUGUCCCCGUCUGAGAGACCAGAGGACGACUACCUCCUCAAGCUGGCCUCUCAGUACCAUGCCGAGCAGUACGAGGACUCCUACAGGCAAAUGAUGUCGGCCCCGGAGGCACAGCUCCUGCAGCAGGUGACCCGUGGGCCAAACGGUCUCCCAGCGGACUCGGCUCUGAACUGCGCCACGGACUCCACCGCGGUGCAGCUCAGCGAGAUGAUGCCCCUCCCGGUGCUCAUGAAACACUCGGUCACGACUCCACUCGUCACACAUUUGUCGCUGGUGAACAAGGCGGUGGUGGAUUAUUUCUUUGUGGAACUGAGAGUGGAGAAGCAUUUUGAAGCUCUGAGACACUUCUUACUGAUGGAAGAUGGAGAAUUUGCGCUGUCGCUUACCGACCGGCUUUUUGAGAAGUUGGGCAGUGGACAAACCCCAGGUGAGCUCCUGACACCCCUGGUGCUGAACUCGAUCCUGAACAAGGCUCUGCAGUACAGCGUGCACGGUGACAGCCAGCUGGCCAGUAACUUCACGUUUGCGCUGCGCUACCUGCCCGAGGUGUUCCAUCCCCACGCUCCCGACUCGCUCAACUGCCUCGAGCUGCGCUACAAGGUGGACUGGCCUCUGAACAUCAUCAUAACAGACAGUUGUAUGAAUAAGUACAACCGGCUCUUCUCCUUCCUGCUGCAGCUCAAACACAUGGUGUGGUCUCUCAGUGACGUGUGGUUUCAUCUCAAACGCACAGCUGUGGUAAAGGGAGCAGGACACUCGGUACAGUUCCGUCAGCUGCAGCUGUACAGACAUGAGAUGCAGCACUUUGUGAAGGUGAUCCAGGGCUAUAUCGCUAAUCAGAUCCUGCAGGUCUCCUGGAGCGAGUUCACACAAAAACUUAGAAGCACCAAUGACCUGGACGCCAUUCACCACAUGCACGCAGAGUACCUCAACAGAGCCAUCUUCAGGGCUCUGCUGACCGAGAAAGCUGCUCCUGUGAUGAACAUCAUUCAUAGCAUCUUCAGUCUGAUCCUGAAGUUCCGCGGCCAGCUGGUCGCUCAGGCCUGGCAGAGUCAGCAGGGUGAGACGGUGCACCCGAGCUUCAUCGCCAUGCAGCAGUCGUAUAACACCUUCAAAUACUACUCACGCUUCCUCUUCAAAGUGGUUUCCAAGCUGGUCGAUAAAGGCUACCAGCCUCAUCUCGAAGACUUCCUGCUGCGCCUCAACUUCAACAACUACUACAAGGACUCGUGACGUGUUUUCUGCCCCUCGGCGAGAAGCGAUCUUGAAACAGGGUUUUCCUGUAGCUCCUUCACCCUCACACUGGCUUUCUGUAUGCAAAUGACCCACUUCUAGCCAUCGUAGCUGUGUGCAAGAAAAGCGUUCAGCGUUUCACAUUUACACUCACCUGGGAUUCUGGAGGUGAGCAGGUGGAUCGAAACGUGUGGACAUCGAGCUCGUUUCCGCUCCCACCUGCGUUUGCACAUUUUCUUUUCAACUUAAAUAAAUCAGCAAGCAAAUCGA